CAUUGCCCGGUUUUAGUUUCCCGGUUUGGAUUCGAGUAUGGCAACUGCACUUUUACCAGAUACUAUUGACAACAUUGGUGACUUAACAAAGUGCUCUAUUUGCUUUGAAGCAUUUAAAACUCCACGUACUUUACCGUGUUCACACACAUUUUGUCAUGGAUGUUUAUCGUCCUACAUUGUAUCAUCGUGUCGGUGUAAGGUGGACCCUGUGGGAUUUCAUUGUCCUUUAUGCCGGGAAUUUACUCCACCACCCAUUUUAUCCGGAAAUCCUAAUGAAUGGUGUGAAUAUUUUGGAAUUAAUCAAGUGCUAUCUGAAUUUUCCAAGCAAAGGGAGCAAAGAAAAUUAUGUGAGGCCUGCAAAAGAGGAAAAGAGGAGGAAGAGGCAAGGGAAUUUUGCUUGUCCUGUAACGAGGCCCUUUGUGAAAACUGUACUAAGUACCACAAAAUCAACCGUAUGUCGUUUGAUCAUAAAAUUUGUGAUUUAACUGACAUUAAAGCUGCUAGCGACGUUUCGAAUUUCAAAAGCACUACAUGUACUGCACACAAAAACAGACCAGUAGAACUUUAUUGCAAUGACCACGAUCGGCUUUGUUGCACAAUGUGUGUGAGCACUGAUCACCGGAAAUGUGACAGCGUGGAAACCGUUGAACAGAAAGCAGAGAAGAUAAGAAAGAGUGGCGCAUAUGUAGCUUUAUAUAAAGAUAUCGGAGAUAUUGAAAACAAACUUUGUAAGACUAAAGAAAAACAGGAGGAAAAUAUUUCCCUGAUCGAAGAUGCUACUGAUAAGAUCACGACCGAGAUUCAAAAUAUGAGGGUUAAACUUGUUCAACAUUUAGAAAAACUUGAAAGUGAGUGUCUAGAUCAAAUAUCGAAAUACUCUAAGGAAAGUAAAGAAAAAAUGUCCAGAAAUGUUGAGUCAGUAAAUGAUAAAAGUCAGCUGAUGCGCUACUGUAUGAAGGCAUUAGAGAAGGUUAAAGGUCUCACUGAUGUAGAGCUUGUCAUGGAGUUCCAAAACAGUCAACAAAAACUUGAACACAUUAGAAAUUCUAGAACAGUUUCAUUGCACGGUAGUUUAAAAUCCGUUGUAACUGCUGAAUUAGAGAAAAUACCGAAUGUAUUGAAGUUUGCGAAAGUAAAUUGUGACAUGAGGGAAGAGAGAGAGGGAAUAAUUACGAAAACACUAGAAUUAAAAUCAUGCGUGGAGAUAAAGAGAAAGCCUAUCGAUAUUCGAAGUAUGGUAAUUCUAAGUGAUAGAUGCAUACUAUUCACAAAUUGUUCAUCUCAUGGUAGUCUUCUGAUGUAUUCUUUGAACAGUACUAGUGACAGUUUGAACUUUGAACACGAAACAAAUAUUGGAUGUCCUUUUGAUAUUGUGCUGUGGAGGGAAUUUCAGUAUAUGCCUUCGGGUUAUGAUUUAAAUACAUCUAGCUUGAGUGCUGAUGGGUAUUCGGAAAAGUCAGCUCUAUGUAUUUCUGCUGGAAAGAAAUGUUAUGGAUUGGCGGUGUAUGGCGACUGUCUUUAUGUAGCAUGUCUCACGUCCGUUGAUAAGCUAAACACGGAAGGCAAGCAAGUCAAGAGUUAUCCAACAGCCAAUGGUGUUCGAUAUGUUACGGUCACGAGAAAGGGGCAUAUUGUGUAUAGUAAUUAUUUGACGAACAAAGUGACAGCUAUAUACGGUCAGGGGAAUGAAAUAUGGACAUAUAGCAGUCCUACUCUUAAGCGACCGAACGGCUUGGACAAAGAUUCUUUGGACAAUAUAUAUGUGGCUGGUUACGGCAGUAACAAUGUACACGUACUGUCCAGUGGCGGGACUCUUAUCAAAGUCAUUGAAGAUUUGAAAAACCCAGUUUUCUUUAGAGUCUAUGAAAAGAGAAAUAUUUGCUUUGUAUGUAACUCACAUACGUCUAUCAGAAUAUAUAAAUGGAAUUAAA